CGCCGCGGCCCCCGGCACCGAGCCGGCACGGCGUCCCCGCAGCCAGGCGGCCGAGCGUCCCUUCGCCUGCAGCGAGUGCGGGAAGAGCUUCCAGCACCGGGGGAACCUCAUCACCCACCUGCGGGUGCACACCGGGGAGAAGCCUUUCGCCUGCACCGUCUGCGGCAAGAGCUUCAGCCAGAAGGGCGACCUGAUGCGGCACCAGCGCAUCCACACGGGCGAGAAGCCGUUCGAGUGCACCGUCUGCGGCAAGAGCUUCUGCUCCAAGCAGACCUUCAUCCUGCACUGGCGCAUCCACACGGGCGAGAAGCCCUUCUCCUGCAGCGAGUGCGGCAAGAGCUUCAACCGCAAGGCCAACUUCAUCACCCACCAGAAGAUCCACCGCGGCGAGCGCCCCUUCAUCUGCGCCGAGUGCGGCAAGGGCUUCUGCGCCAAGAAGACCUUCAUCCUCCACCAGAAGAUCCACCCCGGCGAGCGCCCCUUCGUCUGCCCGGAGUGCGGCAAGACCUUCAACCUGAAGACCACGCUGAUGAAGCACAAGCGCAUCCACACGGGCGAACGGCCCUUCACCUGCCUGGAGUGCGGCAAGAGCUUCAAGUACAAGGGCAACCUCCGGACCCACCACCUCACCCACACGGUGGAGCGGGUCUACCCCUGCACCGAGUGCGGCAAGAUCUUCAGCCACAAGAAGACCCUCAUCACCCACCAGCGCAUCCACACGGGCGAGCGCCCCUUCGUCUGCCCGGAGUGCGGCAAGACCUUCAACCUGAAGACCACGCUGAUGAAGCACAAGCGCAUCCACACGGGCGAACGGCCCUUCACCUGCCUGGAGUGCGGCAAGAGCUUCAAGUACAAGGGCAACCUCCGGACCCACCACCUCACCCACAUGGUGGAGCGGGUCUACCCCUGCACCGAGUGCGGCAAGAUCUUCAGCCACAAGAAGGAGCUGACGGUGCACCAGGGCGUGCACACGGAGGAGAGGAUCCUCUCCUGCUACCGGGAGGGAGAGUCCUUCAACCCCUUCCUCCCCAUGCACCCGCUCCUCAUGUCCUGCACCCAGCUCCCGGUGCCGCUGGAAGCCUUGUCCGAGUACAAGGGCAACGCCGAAGCCGAGAGUCGUCGUUUCUCCUUGUCCCUACCGGACGCGUGGACACUGGACCUGGAGAAGAGCCGACAGCGCACGCGGUGCAGCGCUGCCCUUCCCUCCCCUGGCACGGCCCUGGACCGCGAUGCUCCGUGUGGGAUGGCUGACCUGGGCUCGGGGGGCAGCUCCUGCAGUCGCAGCAUUCGUGUGGAGAAGAUUGUGGUGUCUCACCAGAAGGAGCUCAGUGGGGAGAAGCCCCUCUGCUGCGGUGACUGUGGAAAGCGCUUUGCUCAGCAGAAUCACCUCCUGAGCCACCAGUGCGUGCACACGGACGAGAAGCCCUUUGCCUGCAGCCACUGCGACAACCGUUUUAGCCACAAGAACAGCCUGGUCCGCCACCAACAGGUCCACACCGGGAAACGACCUUAUGCCCCCCCAGAGCCUGAGGGACCCGCCACCUGCAAUGAGUGUGGGAAGAGCUUUGGUAAGAUCCAGGACCUGAAGGAGCACCAGCAGACACACAUGGAGAUGUGGCCCUUCUCUCGUUGGCAGUGCAGUCGCAGCAUUCGUGUGGAGAAGAUUGUGGUGUCUCACCAGAAGGAGCUCAGUGGGGAGAAGCCCCUCUGCUGCGGUGACUGUGGAAAGCGCUUUGCUCAGCAGAAUCACCUCCUGAGCCACCAGUGCGUGCACACGGACGAGAAGCCCUUUGCCUGCAGCCACUGCGACAACCGUUUUAGCCACAAGAACAGCCUGACCUUCAGGGACAAGACCACCUACAGCAUCCACCAGCUGGUCCACACCAGGGAGCGCCCCUUCGCCUGCGCCCACUGCCCCAAGGCCUUCGGGGAGAAGCAGACCCUCACCAUCCACCAGCGCAUCCACACCGGGGAGCGCCCCUUCGCCUGCGCCCACUGCCCCAAGGCCUUCGGGGAGAAGCAGACCCUCACCAUCCACCAGCGCAUCCACACCGGGGAGCGCCCCUUCGCCUGCGCCCACUGCCCCAGGGCCUUCGGGGAGAAGAAGGGCCUCACCAUCCACCAGUGGGUCCACACUGGGGAGAAACCCUACAAGUGUGAUGAGUGCGGCAAGUCCUACAGCCAGAAGCAGCACCUGAAGAGACAUCAGCUGGUGCAUUAG